UCAUUUGCUGUUAAAAGUCUGUAGAGUAUGUUGUGGGAGUAUGGUUGUGGUGUUGUGCAGUGGGAUUAGUGACACGUCGAAGACGUAGUCGGCCGUAGUUCUUGGACAGAGCUCAACAAGAAAGCCAUCGAUGUGGCCUCGAGAAGCGAAAGAAUGACAAGCAAAAGAGGAAAUACGAUACGGCUCCAAACGGAGAUCGAAAAAAACAGGGAGGAAGGGAAUUGGAAAAAAGUUAUUGAAUUGGCUGAUGCUUUAAAAAGUCAAGAUUCAAGCUAUGAAUGUUUGGCAAACUUCUUAUGUGGAGAAGGAAGGUUGGAAAAUUUCCUGGAGGAGGCCCCACCGAUUGAAGCAAACAUAGGCAAAGCUAGAGCUGGUCUGGUUGAAACAAAAAGACAUCUUCUACUAGCAGCAAAUGAAACAGGCAAAAAGGCCAUGGUUGUUUUGGAUGCUCAUCUACUCCUAGGAAAGCUACACUAUGCAAUGGGAAUGUACGAAGAUGCUCUUCACCAUUAUCAGCAAGCCGAACUUCACACACUAACAGAAAAGCAGUUACCCUGCCGCAGUUUACGGAUUAUAGCUGAGUCAUAUGCGAUAAAAGGUUUGUGCUUGGAAAAGCAGCCUCCAAACUUGAAGUCAAAAUUCAAAGUUGCGGAAUGGCAGGAACAGAUGAUCAAGUGUUUUGAAAUUGCUGGAGAUUUGACUGUGUUGUACUUACAAGAGCAGGACAAAAUCGCACUUCAGCAGCAAAUCAGCACUACCAGUACUUUGAAUUCCAACAGUAUAGGUUCCUAUUCUCCUCAACCACCUCCAAGUUCUACGAAAUCUGUUGGGCCAAUUUUAGAAACUGCUUUACAAAGAGCCCCUAUACUUCACAUGCAAGCUGGAAAUAUCCAAGCUGCCAUAAAUCGAUAUAGGGGUAUGCUAUCUGCUGUGGAGGCCACUGCAACUCAGAGAUUCCGUUUGACGUUGACCCGACAGCUAGCAGAAGUUCUAUUGCGAGGUGUUACAGGCACUAUAUACACCCGACCAGAGGGCAUCAUUGAAAUGUCAGGGAGUAGGAAGCCAGCCCAUCAUUCCAAUAGUAGUUUGACAGAAUCUCCAUGGAAGCCAAAGAAAUAUACUGGCUUAAACCUCUUUAAUCCAAGAAGUGAAUGCGAAGAAAUAAUCCUACUUCUGCUCAUAAGUGAAGCCAUGGCUGUACGAGAUACAGUACUGAGUCAAUCGCCCGAGUUUAAAGAAGCUAGAAUUCACGCAUUUGAGAAUGCAACAGCUGUAUACGAUCUUCUAACCAUUGCAGUCGUAAGAUGGGGCCAAGUCGGACUUUUACAUGAGUCAUUUGAAAGAGCCAUGAAAUUUUCUCAUGGUGAAGCACACGUGUGGAUGCAACAUGCACUAUGUCUGAUCAGUCUUGGGAAGCAUGCUCUGGCGUAUUCGGUUUUAAAGAUUGUUAAUCGACUUUCUCCACAAAAAGUAAUGCCAUGUCUUUUGGCUGCACGUCUCUGUUACGCCAAUUUAAAUUUGAUCGAAGAUGGUAUUGAUUGGAGUCACAAGGCUUUACUUAAAGAGGCUGCUAGCCCACAAGGACUUCAAUCGCGAUGUCAUUUGUACAUAGGAAUUGGUCACAGCAUGCUCUCUUCAACGACGAACAUUAAGCAGGACAAACUGCAACAUACCAACGCAGCUCUGGACUGUUUCCAUAAGGCUCAGCAGUGCGAUCCUAAUGACCACUUGGCAGAGUAUUAUUUGGCACAUGAAUACGCGAUCAAUAGGCAAAUAAACGAGGCAAUGGUCCACGUCAAAAUCGCAUUAAAUUUACAUGCUGAGCACGUUCCUUCUCUCCAUUUACUAACUUUACUGUUGUCAGCGCACAAACAGUAUGCUGAAGCUUUGUCCUUAGUUAAAACUGCUCUAGAUGAAUAUCCGGACAACCUAAAUCUCCUGUAUGUCAAAGCACAUCUAGAGUUACAUAGUGUGGGUGGAGAAGAAGCCCUAGCGACUGUAAAGCAUAUGCUGUUUCUAUGGAAGAAUUUAUACGAAGAUCAAACAAACGUUGACUGCAAUGAUCAACAUAGUGAAAAACGUAGUGAAACACGCAGCGUUUUCCAAUUGUACACCUCGGAAAUGUCAGACAAAGAUUCGAGUUCUUUACAUGCCCAUUCAUUAGCAGCGUCCAGAGUUGAGCAGGCAUUGUCAGAAGUUGCUUCAUCCCUGAGUUCUUUUACUCCACGGCCUGGGCCACAGCGCGCGUGGUUGCUGCAGCUUCAAGUUUGGCUUUUACUUUCAGAGGUUUAUUUAGACCUCGAUCGGCCGACUCCGGCUACUUUAUCUUUGCAAGAGGCAACUAAUAUUUUUCCUCUCAGUCAUCACAUCAUGUACACUAGAGGGCUUUUGCAUGAGCACAAACAAGAAUAUAUCGAGGCUAAGCAAUGCUUUCAAAAUGCAGUCUCUAUCAAUCCAUCUCAUAUAAAGAGCCUUCAGCACCUGGGAUUGAUUUAUCACUACUUGGGAAGUCAAAGGCUAGCUGAAAAAACUUUACGAGAAGCAGCGAAAAUAGAUCCCAACUCUCAUCAAACGUGGUAUAAUUUAGGAAAGGUAUUAGAAUCUUUGGGCGAAGUGGACGCAGCGAGUGAUUGUAUGGCAACAGCGUUAGAAGUCGAAACAACUAAUCCGAUUUUGCCCGUAUUUUCCAUCCCCUUAACAUUUGAAUAAACUCCAGAAACGAAGUAUAUAAAUUACUAUAUAAUAUAUAAAUAUUAUACACAUGUAUUUAUGUAUGUAUGUAUCUAUAAACGUUGUAUAUUCUAUAACCUAUUGAUCUAGGUAUAAUAUGUAAUUAAUGUAUGUACAUCAAAUUCAACGGUUACUCCGAUUACCUUGUAAAUAAUGACAAAAAAAAUAUAUCAACGAAAUUAAACUG